UUUGUCUGUAGAACGUCCAAUACGGCAAAGCGUUCAAUUUCUCGAACUGGAAGAGUAGAACUCCACAGGGUCGGAGUAGUUGGCGAAGAAGCGGAGCCGGUGAUCUGAGUCGGCGAGGAAGGUUCGCAAGGAGAAGAAUGGCUUCAUCGUCAGCGAAACUGGUGAGCCUAUCUCCUUCGGUGGCGGCCAAUAGACAACCUCGAUCUAAACGCUCAACAGUACUAGGGAUACAGAGAGCGCCAACGAUCCAGGUGAAUUCUGAGAUGUGUUGCCAACAACGAUUGCCACCUCAAUCUAUCGCCACUUCACGAAGAGAAGUCAUGCUUAGAUUGACAGUUGCUUCUCUGGCUGCAAUCAAUAUCUUCUCUGUAGAACCAGUUGAUGCACGCAAUGUGAAACCUGGGAUCAGACAAAAAAUCAAGGAGAAGCUUGAAAUGCUCAGGGAAAAGGCUGGUAUAACAAAUUCUCAAUCUGAUGAUAAGAGCUCAUCCGACAAAGUCCACAGAUGGUUCCAUGCCCCAGAGCAGCGAGACAGGUUAUCUGCACCCCUCGCAAUGUUGUCUGUGACCACAAAGGCUCCUGUUGGUUCUCCGGAAUGUCCAUAGGCAUCCAGUCACCUUGGCUCCAGAAGCUAUUAGACUCAGGCUAGGAAGUAAUCUUCCCAUUCAAGAAUUGAAAUGAGGAAGAUUGUACUUAAUAGGACCCAUCUCUUCUACCAUUAGAUUCUUAUUUAUCCCCAGGACUUUGUGAUUAAGCUGUCAAUGUAUUGGCGAAAGUAUUGUAAUCAAUCUCUUAUUUUCUGUGAUCACGAAAGCUCUUGCCUUUCUGUUAACAAAAUUUGGCUGGCUGCCGUGGUUGCAGCCAGUUACCUGA